AUGGACGACGGCAACUUGGGAGACACCAUCCAAGAUGAGGCCGAGGUCAUUGAAGAGUCUGUUGCGUAUGAGAUGCGUAUGGAAAAUGAUGAUGCCCAUCUAGCUCCAAGUCGCUGGUGGUUUGCCUCGUCGGCAUUCCCCAUGAUCGCCGGCACCCUUGGCCCCGUCGCCUCAGCCUUCAGUAUCUGCGCCCUCGUUCGGCCAUGGAGACAGCAGCUCGUGCCCGGCGAGGAUAUCGACGACGCGGUCUAUGUUACUGACCCCCCAUGGUUGACCAUCAUCAAUGCCAUUCAGCUCUUCAUGGCCAUCAUCUCAAACAUGUUUCUCCUCCUCAACAUGGCCAGACGCGUCCGCUUCACCAUCGCUCAGCCCGUUACCAUCAUCGGCUGGUACAUCUCGGCGAUUCUCCUCAUCUCGCUCUUAGCCACGGCCUCGGGGCCACUCACUGAUGGCCUCAAGUUUAACAAAGACGAGCUCAUCUGGUCACAGGCCUUUUACUACGGCAUGUGGGCAGCCAUCCUCUACUUUGUCGACGCCACGCUCAUGAUGGUGACGUUCUAUGGUGCCUGGACUCGUCAUUAUGGCAAGGACUUUAACCUGACGCCCAGCCAGCGCACCCUCAUGCUCCAAACCAUCAUGUUCCUCAUGUACCUUCUCAUUGGCGCCCUAGUCUUCUCCAACAUCGAAGGCUGGAACUAUCUCGACGGCGUCUACUGGGCCGACGUGACCCUCUUCACCGUCGGUUUUGGCGACUUCGCGCCAGAUACGACCCUAGGCUGUGCCCUCAUGAUUCCCUACGCCCUCAUCGGCGUCAUCAGUCUCGGUCUGGUCAUCGGCUCUAUUCGAAGCCUUGUUCUCGAACGUGGAAAGCGUCAGGUUGAUGCCCGGAUGGAAGAGAAGAAGCGGCGGAGAAUGGUCCGCAGCAUGACUAAGAAAGGUGACGACGAUAUCCUCGAGCCCAUCCGGGAACCACACCGCGCCGACUCCGAAUUCUCCAGCAAGCUACCAGCAACAGAGUAUGAGCGUCGCAAGGUCGAGUUCGAUCUCAUGCGCAAGAUCCAGGCCCAGACGUCGUCCCGUCGUCGCUGGAUGGCCAUGGCCAUAUCCACAGGCUCGUGGCUCAUCCUGUGGCUCCUGGGGGCCUUCAUCUUUGUCAAGUGCGAGAAGCCGUACCAGGGCUGGGUGUACUUUGACGGCUUCUACUUUUGCUUCAUCUCUCUCACCACAAUUGGAUACGGCGACAGGACGGUUAAAUCCAACGCGGGCAAGUCAUUCUUUGUAUUUUGGUCUCUCCUCGCAUUGCCGACUAUGACAGUUCUCAUCUCAAACGCCGGAGAUACUGUUGUCAAGCUCGUCCGUGAUAGCACGCUGCGACUCGGAAACGUCACCAUCCUCCCCGGCGAGGGCAACUUUUCUGGUGAUCUCAAGUACAUCAUCCACAAGGCCACGUUUGGAAGGAUAUUCCCAGAUCACAAGAGCCCCCCAGCACCUCAGGACCUCAAGAAACACCAGUCAACACAAAGUAAUACCACUCAGCACAUAACCGGCACUAUAAUCAAAACAGAAGAAGGAAACCAUGGACAAGACGCACGCGGCCGCUCUCGCCACUCAAACCUCGACCGAGACUCUUCUCCCCGACGGAUAGGUUACCACCGCAACAACUCAACAUUUACCUCCCAAGUCCGUCGGUCCCUCUCCCGUCUGCGAGACGCCAAGGAUGAACUUCCCAUCGGCACAGACUUUCACUUCCUCCUCAUCUCCGAGAUCCAGGUUCUCGCUGGCCAUCUAAAAUCCCGCAAGCCCCAUCACUACAGCUUCGAGCAGUGGGCAUGGUAUCUCAAGCUCAUGGGCGAGGACGAAGGCAACGCCGAGACGCACCGCAAAGCGCAGCCAAAGAGCGGGCAUAGACAUCACCACCACCACCAUCAUCAUGGCCGCGGCAGGAGCCCGCAACGAGGUGGUUACGGCUCACCGGAUAGAAACGACGAGGAGAGCCCGGAGUCGGACGAGGCCAUGGCUUGGUCCUGGGUGGGCAACCGCAGUCCGCUCAUGGGAAGCCAGGAAGAAACCGAGUGGAUUCUCGAAAGACUCAUGGACAGACUGCGCGAGUCCUUGUCUGCAGAGGGAAGACGACAGUUGAGAGCUGAAACUAGAGCUUUGGGAGCUGGUCAUCAUCGUCCAGUCAAUGGUUCGCACCAUAACGGACACAGCCACGAGGACAAGGAAAAGGAAAAGGGACACUGA